AAGACGUGGGUCACGCAGUUUAGUCCGGAAGCAAAAAGCGAAGGGGCGGAGUCGAAGUCGGAAAGGAGUGCCUUGCGUCCGGGUCGUCCUGACGGGGGCGGGGCCAGGAUGGUAACGGCUCGGAAGCCGAGGGGGCUGGGCCGGAGGGAGGCGGAGGAACCGGUGCCCGCCACUGCUACCUCGGACUCCUCUGCUGCUCCAGCCUGUCCCCUGUAGCGCCCGAGGGCCCCGCUUCAGCCAUGAUGAUCCACGGCUUCCAGAGCAGCCAUCAGGACUUCUCCUUCGGGCCCUGGAAACUGACGGCGUCUAAGACCCACAUCAUGAAGUCGGCGGAUGUGGAGAAGUUAGCGGAUGAAUUGCAUAUGCCAUCCUUACCAGAAAUGAUGUUUGGAGACAAUGUUUUGAGAAUCCAGCAUGGGUCUGGCUUUGGAAUUGAGUUCAAUGCCACAGAUGCGUUAAGAUGUGUAAACAACUACCAAGGAAUGCUUAAGGUAGCCUGUGCUGAAGAGUGGCAGGAAAGCAGGACGGAGGGUGAACACUCUAAAGAAGUUAUUAAACCAUACGAUUGGACUUAUACAACAAAUUAUAAGGGAACAUUACUUGGAGAAUCAGUCAAGUUGAAGGUUAUACCUACAACAGAUCAUAUAGAUACAGAAAAAUUGAAAGCCAGAGAACAAAUUAAGUUUUUUGAAGAAGUUCUCCUGUUUGAGGAUGAGUUACAUGAUCAUGGAGUUUCAAGCCUAAGUGUGAAAAUUAGAGUAAUGCCUUCAAGCUUUUUCCUGUUGCUGCGGUUUUUCUUGAGAAUUGAUGGAGUGCUCAUCAGAAUGAAUGAUACAAGACUUUACCAUGAGGCUGACAAGACAUACAUGUUACGGGAAUAUACAUCACGAGAAAGCAAAAUUGCAAAUUUGAUGCAUGUGUCACCUUCUCUUUUCACGGAACCUAAUGAAAUAUCCCAGUAUUUACCCAUCAAGGAGGCUGUUUGUGAGAAGCUGGUGUUUCCAGAAAAAAUUGACCUUAACCCUGCAGACUGCCAAGAAAACAAACCUGUAGAAUAA